GUGCUCAGAUAUGACAGUUGUUUGGGGAAUAUAUUUUUGUAGUUUGUAGUCUAUACAUCGAUUUGAUUUGAUUGAUGUUACUCAAAUUCGUUCGUUAUACUAUUAAGUUUCUUUUAUUAUAGUCGCGUUAGUUGUGAUUAGGUAGUAGGCUAUAGCGUCGAUAUUUGUUAUUCCCAUUAUACACGUUUAAACAAUCAGCAGUUAAACCACGUUCCUAAGCAGCACCCAGAUGUUGAACUAUGGUUUACGAAAAUUGCGAGUACAAGAUUUGAGCUUGCGGAACAGGACAGCUUAGCUAUAGGUUCAUCAAGUGUGAAAGCCGGGGUGAGAGGGACAUGUCUAACGUGGAGAACGUGUGCCCGCAAGUGCUGCGCGGAGUGGCGCGGGAGCUGCGGCGGCUCGCAGCCAGUCCGCCCGCGGGCAUCAAGCUCGUGCUGCGCGACGACGACCUGACCGAUGUAGUGGCCCACAUGGAGGGCCCCGCGGGCACGCCCUACGCGGGUGGCACAUUCCGCGUGCGCCUGGUACUGGGGCGCGAGUUCCCGACCGCGCCCCCGCGCGCCUACUUCCUCACCAAGCUGUUCCACCCCAACGUGGCGCCCGACUCGGGCGAGGUGUGCGUCAACACGCUGAAGCGCGACUGGCGCCCCGAGCUGGGCCUGGAGCACGCGCUGCUCGCCGUCAAGUGUCUGCUCAUCGCGCCCAACGCGGAGUCCGCGCUCAACGCCGAGGCGGCCGCGCUCCUGCGGGACCGCUACGACGACUACUUCGCGCGCGCCAAGCUGCUCACAGACAUCCACGCGCGCGCGCCGCAGCCCGCGCCGCCGCGUCGCCGGGAGGGCGGCGACGCAUCGGACGGCAGCGCGGCGAGCGGCGCGGCCGCGGACGGCGACAGCGGGCCGCAGGCCAAGCGCGAGCGGCGCGCGACGGGCGCGGGCGCGGGCCGGGCGGCGCGCCGGGUACUCAAGCGAUUAUGAGGCACCACCUCGCUACCUCGUGGCCGCUGACUGGCCGCGGACUGGCUGCGGACUGGCUGCGGACUGGCUGCUGACUGGCGGCCGACUGUCUACUGACUGGCCGCCGUCUGGCCGCAGACGGGCCGCGAUAUUAUUGUGCGAUUUGUUAGUCUGUCAUUUCGACGCGAUUGAAUUUGACAAAAUUCGUAUUUCAUUUUAAUAAACAAAUAUCAAACAUAUUUCGACUUCUAUGGUAGGACUUGCAAAAUACAUUUUGUUCAUAAUACAUCAUUAAUAUUACAUUAUUUAAUUUUUUGCAUCGUCAGUACAGAAAUUACGGCCCAUUUUUGUAAUAAGUAGUUAUAGUUGUAAUUAUGGUAUUCCUAUUGCUUUAGACUUUAAUUAAUAUAAUAGUGACAAUUA